UCGACCGCCACAGGAGCGGAGACUUUGAGACAAAGUGCAGCCCGUGCAGCCUGUUGCUUGAAAGCUAUACCGAAGCAGCAUGUCGUGGCUCUUCGGCUGGGGAAGGGGCUCCGGUGCUCCGCCGGUGGAGGAGCAGGCCGGUGCCGAAGGGACCGGGGGUGCACCGGGAGGCGGCGGCUCGGGGGGAGUCAAACCCGGGGACAAGUGGAGUAACUUUGAUCCGACGGGGCUGGAGAGAGCUGCAAAAGCUGCAAAGGACCUCGACAAAUCACGAUAUGCCAAAGAAGCGUUGGGCCUGGCUCGUAUGCAGGAGCAGACCGUUCAGCUGGAGCAUGAGAGUAAAGUGAAAGAAUAUGAGGCGGCCGUGGAGCAGCUGAAGGGCGAGCAGCUCCACAUUCAGGGCGAAGAGAGACGCAAAACGCUGGCAGAGGAGACAAAGCAAAACCAGGCGAGGGCACAAUUUCAAGACAAACUUGCCAGACAGAGAUAUGAUGAUCAGCUCAGGCAACAGCAAUUUAUCAAUGAGGAGAACCUUCGCAAACAAGAAGACUCUGUUGUGAAGCAAGAGUCCAUGAGAAAGGCUACCAUCGAACAUGAAAUGGAGCUGAGAUGCAGGAACGACCUCAUUCGCGUUGAAGCGGAGGCCAAAGCCCACGCCCAGGUGGAGAGGGAGAACGCCGACCUCAUCCGGGAGCAGAUCCGCCUGAAGGCUGCCGAACACAGACAAACUGUCCUGGAAUCUAUAAAGACGGCAGGAGCGGUGUUCGGGGAGGGGUUCAGGGCCUUCGUCUCUGACUGGGACAAACUCACCGCCACGGUCGCUGGGUUGACCCUGUUGGCAGCGGGGGUGUAUUCAGCCAGGAGCGCCACGGCGGUGGCCGGCAGAUACGUAGAGGCUCGCCUGGGCAAACCCUCGCUGGUCCGAGAGACCUCCAGGAUAACCGUCGUUGAGGCCAUCAAACACCCGAUAAAGACUACCAAGCGUCUGAGAAGCAGGCCGCAGGACGCCUUGGAGGGCGUGGUGCUCAGUGCUUCUUUGGAGGCGCGUGUGAGGGACGUUGCCAUCGCCACUCGUAACACCCGGCAGAAUAAAGGCUUGUACCGAAACAUCCUGAUGUACGGACCCCCCGGAACUGGAAAAACACUCUUCGCCAAGAAACUAGCUCUCCAUUCCGGGAUGGACUACGCCAUCAUGACCGGUGGCGACGUGGCACCCCUGGGGCGCGAUGGAGUCACUGCCAUGCACAAGGUGUUUGACUGGGCCAGCACCAGCAGGCGAGGCGUCUUGCUGUUCGUAGAUGAAGCCGAUGCGUUCCUGCGUAAGCGAUCCACAGAGAAAAUCAGCGAGGACCUCAGAGCCACCCUGAAUGCGUUCCUGUACCGCACCGGGGAGCAGAGCAACAAGUUCAUGCUGGUGCUUGCCAGUAACCAGCCCGAACAGUUCGACUGGGCCAUCAACGACCGCAUUGAUGAGAUUGUGAACUUUGCGCUGCCCGGUCUGGACGAGAGGGAACGAUUGGUGCGCAUGUAUUUCGACAAAUUCGUGCUGGGUCCUGCCACUACAGGGAGACAGAGAUUGAAGUUGACUCAGUUCGACUACGGCCAGAAGUGUUCAGACAUCGCGAAGCGAGCAGAAGGCAUGUCCGGUCGGGAAAUCUCCAAACUCGGUGUGGCCUGGCAGGCUGCCGCAUACUCUUCCGAAGAUGGAGUUUUGACCGAAGCGAUGAUCGACGCGAGGGUCGAUGACGCCGUCAAGCAGCACGCGCAGAAAAUGGACUGGCUGCUGAUGGAAGCAGGUGAGGGGGCCGGGAAGGUCGGCGUCCGCCUCCCGAGGGGAAUGGCGACAGGGCUCUCGGCCCAGGAAGCGGCUUCGCUAGAGACGACCCCGACGGCGCAACAAGUCCUUGUGAGCAACGCGGCCCUGGCAGAAGCGGCCGCCCUCCCUCUAGAGGCGGUUCCCAACAUAGAAACCAAAGUUGAUGCAGAAACCGUCGUGUCGGAACCGUCUGAGAAACUCGAGAGUCCAACUACAGAGAAGUCGGCCGACCCCCAGACUCCCGGCGCCGAAGGGGCUGAGCCCGGUCCGACUGAGAAGCCGCUCUCGAAGAAGCAGAGCGGAGAUGACAAACCCGGUCCAACGAAAUGAUCGCUUGAAAACUUCGAUGAAAGACGAGCUAUUGUAAUAGUUAAACAUUUAACAGCAAAUUCUGUCUACUCUUCUCACAAUAUGUGCGGAACCCAAGUACUGUGACUGCCAGCGAGGCAAUCGUUGGAUUGCGGCCUGUAUAGUCUGAAUUAAAACACUUGUGGACCGCCUCA